AAAUAAUCUAGUUCCAUGUUAAAAGGUCAACUAGUAGUAGUAGGGUUUAGGGUUUAGGGUAUCAAUUAUCACCAAAUGGUGCUCUCAUUGAGAGGUUUGAACACAAUCAAGUGAGAAAACCUCCCAAAAGAACCAAAAAUUCAUUCGAAUCACAAGAAAUAAAAAAAAACACAAGCUGGAAAUUCAACAACAAAAAAAGCUAGAAACUGAGAUAUGGAGUUGGCAAGCCUUCGUCAGUGAUGUGAUCGCCAUCUCGAUUGCUACUGUGCACCAGAGAGCACUGCCACCUCAAGAUCUGAGCCGCUGAGCUGGAGAAUCACCAUCGUUGGAUGCUAUAAGCUUGGGUCCACCGGCUCUGUCUCAAUGCCUCCCACCUCGCCUCGCCUCCGUAUUCCCGUCGAUUGUUGAAGCUCAACCUCAGGUACCGCCAUUAAUGGCUGCUUCAACGCCCCUGGAGAAACAAGGCGUACCUCCGGCCAAAAGACACAAUCUGAAUCUGCAGUGCCCCGAAUCUCGUCGCCCUGUUUCUAUUAAAACGCCGUCGGAAACAAAGCAGCUCGUGGCUCGUCGUUGGCUCCACCAGCCACCGCCUGAAUCACCCAAACUGCCGCUCGUCGUCAACGGUCAGCCACCCACCGGUCCUCCAACUGGUCAGUCGCUGUUCGAGCCCUCACACUCUACUGACGCGACCCAGGAAAACUGCGCUUGGGAACUCCUUGAGUCUCACCAUUAAUGGUGGCUUGGGGCUUAGGAAAGGUAUGUUUCAGGGCUCGGUCGAUCGUCCACCGCAGGCUAGCCUUUCCAGCUGCCCUCGCCCCGCUGCAGCGUCCACCGCCAACCCCGGUCAGCGGUCGACCUGCACUGCUUGGCCGUGGUGGGAUACUUCGCCUGGCUCUCCACGAUAUGCCCGGAUGCUCCUCGCUCGGCCGAGAAGCAGACCACGUACAGAGGGUCAGAAAUCCAGAAUGAAAGGGGGGGUUAGCAGUCAGAGAUGGAGACGUUGUGGACUGAGUAGACGGAGAGGAAGGCUGAUGUCUUGGUCCCAGGACGAAACCGCCAGCUUGCUGAUGGGAGAGCCGACUGCAACAACUCAAUGAUGCUGUAUACUUUGGAAUGAAAUGACGUGGUUAUGUGGCUACCACUUGCCCACUACGAGUGAAGUACAAUGGACCACAAUAGUCAAUGGUCUUCUGAAAGUUAAAAAAGGGCCCAAUUGGAUUGCUGGAUGCUAUCCAUUUCAGUGAAGCCCACCAAUAUAUUUGAGUCCAUCAAAAGCUAAGUGUUUCUCUUUAAUUUUUAUAUUAUUUAUAUUUAUUUAAAUCAUUUCUUUUUGUCGGGCGAAUGUCAAACUAUCACACAAUUAUGAUCAAAUGCCUAGUAGACUGAGACUUGAGACCCAUCACUAGGAUUUAAAGCCUGACCAAGUCAGACACAAAGCCCCGACCAAGUCGGGCAUGAAGACCGGUCUUAGUCAUUCCAAGAAUGACGACCGUUGUGUACGAAUGGCUCACACAUCCACUCUACUAAGUAUUUUAUCAUUACAUUAGCAAUUCACAUUUCCACUUUUUUAAAGUGACGAACUCCCGAUCGGAAACAUAAACCCCAAGAAAAUUUUUUAUGUAUGUUAAAUGUGUAGGCACGAAGAUGACUUUACUCAUUUUCACCUCAUCUCCACUCGCCUCAAGGACUGGGGGACUGGGGGACUGAAGGGUCAAAGUUUCUGGAUGAGCAAAAAAUAUCACGCAAGCGGAGGAAUGAAAGUUGAGUCGGAUGAAGAGGAGCUGAGCUAGACAAAAUUGAUUAUGUCUUAUGUCGGAGGGAUCUUACCUUCCUUGUUUCAUGUUGGGGGUGCUAGGUGUGCUCUUUUCCCCUUUAUUAGGAUUUUUCCCACUGGUUUUUUUCCUAGUAAAGGUUUUUAACGAGGCACCUCGCCAUCAUGGACAAGGGUGGUGGUCCCCCGGCCGAAGAGGAAGAAAUCAAAGAUAGAAGAACGUUGCAGAUGCAAUUAUGGACUACUCCCUUUCACCUCGAGUACUCUUGGCUCAGGGAGUGGGGGACUCCUGAUGGAGUAUAUGGACCCAGACCACCCGUCCUGCCGACUAUUGGGCCCAGAAAAUGGCCCACCUACGCUCAGUAGAUAGCAUUUAUAUUAUUGUACAUUAUUAUUAUUCGGGUGUACUAGAUUAGCUUUUUAUACUAUUUGUCCAUUUAUGUAACCGGGUCUGUCAGGUCCGUAUCAGAGGCCCAGACCCGGAUUUCCCUAUAUAUACUCCUUAUAGGAGGCUUGUAAAGGACACACAAUUCACAUUCAUACACAAUACGUCUUCUCUUCUCCUUCCUUCUUGU